GGUGACACAGUUGAGCUAUUUCCAAAUUGCUCAUUAUCCAUGAAGAUGUUCCAUGCCGAUUUUGAUCAGCAGUCCGCGAAAAUGAGUCAUUUGGUUAACUGAUAGACUCAUCAUUAAAUUUACUAAGUAAAAAUGUAGAUAAUCCGUGUGUACAUCUAGUAUCCAAGGUUGAAAUAAUCACAAGGAUAUUUGGGUCACAGACUACGUCCGUCAUCGGCAUUUUGUUUGCGAUUGGUUAAGUUACUUUUAAAAUUUCCCGCCCUUAUUUAAUUUUAAUUUUGUUUGUUGUACUCAAUAGGCUAGACAAUGUCAACUGUACACGAUGAUAAAUUAACAUUGAAUUGGAAAGGGUAUGGAAAGAAGUGGUCAUGGUUUCUUGGGUCCUAGAACAGAAAUUGCACUAGUAAAUAGUGGCCAAGACUGGGUCUCAAUGGUGGAACCGCGUUUUUGUGAGUUUAACGGCUUUGGCUUUUAUCGACGCGUGUGUUUCUUGUGGUAAGACACGGUGAAAAUGAACUUUAAACUGAAUAUUAUCGUCGCAGUUAGUGAAAAUAUGGGCAUUGGUAUGAAUGGGGAUUUGCCUUGGAGACUAAGGAAAGAGAUGGCAUAUUUCUCUCGGAUGACCAAGCGCACCAAGGAUUCUAGCAAACAGAAUGCAGUCAUCAUGGGAAGGAAGACCUGGGAAUCAAUUCCAGACAAGAAUCGACCCCUUGCUGGACGAAUCAACAUUGUAUUGUCACGACAAGAUCUGAAAUUAGGACUGAAUACACUGGCAUGUAGCUCUUUGGAAACUGCUCUUCAGAGUCUGCAGGAACCUCCACUUGCAGAAAGUAUAGAGUCAGCAUGGGUCAUAGGGGGAAGUUCAGUGUACAAGGAAGCAAUGGCUUCACCUCACUGCUCUCGUAUUUACCUGACAAAAAUCUUCAAGACCUUCGAAUGCGAUACAUUCCUUCCUGAGGUUCCUAUGAACACUUUCAAGCUUGUCAAAGAUCCAGAUGUUCCUGAAGAGAUGCAGGAGGAGAAUGGUGUUCUGUACGGGUACCAAGUCUAUGAGAGACUUCAUGAUUUCAAUUCUUUGAAGUUGUGAAUUUUGGGAGAAUGAGGUUGCUGGAGGUGCUGUCUGAGAUGGCUAGGAAGGAAGGAAAGCAGGAAGUUGGUACCAAUCUUCAGCCAGAAUGUUUCACUUCAGCCAUAGUUAUUAAAUACUUAUGAAAGGAAGUAUAUCAGUAAUGAUGCCUUGUUUCAACAAGGGUUUUUGACUCCAUGUUGUAUGAAAUGUACUUUUUAUGGAAAUAUAUAUUAUUUCAUAUUUUUAUGUUCUUUUUUCAAAAUGGAUGCAUAAUAAAGAGCUUAUCUCUGUU